UUUGAAAAAUAUCGUAAAGAUACCAACCUUCCUGGUAAAUUAUCUGAUAUUUCAGAUUUAAAGCAACUUGAAGAAGAACUUUGUAAAUACUUUACUGUAUAUCACAAGGCUAAUAGUGAUGAAUAUUCUGUAAUAUCCCUUCAAUCUGCAAUUAAUACAUUUAAUCGGUAUUUUAAUGCCAAACGUCCUCCUGAUGCUGAUUCUCAAUUCUAUCUACAUCCUAUAAAAGGAAUUAAUAAUUUUAAAACUGUCGAUAUCUGGUAUAAAAAAAUACACCUUGGAGAGAAUUUUAUGAAAGCAUUUUUUAAGCGAUUAGUAGAAUUAUGUGAUAUUGAUAUUUCUGGUUAUAAAAUUACAAACCAAACUGGGUGUAAAACUUUAAUUCAACUUUUAAAAUCUCUUGGAUUAUUUAAUUAUGAAACAAUGUCAAUUUUACGUCAUAAAUCACAAAAAGGGUUAGCAUCUUAG